GGAGAGAGGCACGCGACGACAUCUCACCUGUUUAUCAACCCGCCAGUCUGGUUUACGCGCCCGGUCAUCCGCCGACUCUACAAGUGGCUAUUCCACUUGGAACGCUCGAACGAACGCGGGGCUCGUACGCCUAACUCUUUAUCGUGAUUUAUUUAAGACGCCGGGGAUGUUUGCAGGAAGUACGUGCGGUUAACAUACGAAAGACGUUACAUCGUGUCACGAUUUUGCCUCGACGACGGAACUUGCUUCUCGAUCGCUCCUUGACGCCAUCGUCGUCGAACGUCUGCGUGACGAUGAUUGCCUCGAGCCAUCGGCGCGAGCCGAAACGUCGGGGCUGUGCAAUAUCUUAAGUACUCGGCAAAGUACGAUGACUCCUGCGGCAAGUGGAAAUCUCUCGGGAGAAUCGCGAAAGGGAUCUGAAAAAAGUCACAAAUGGCCGUAGCCGAGAAUCGAUAUUGCGACGCGACGAAGUACCGUAAAAGUUUCCGAGGUCGGAGGAUCUUCCUUCGCGAUGAGUCAGCCGACGAGUGGUAUCUAGUCGACCUCCUGCGAGAUCGAUGCCUGUAGAUUUCGAGGCGCAUCGCGACAUUUCGGUCCCUAAGAGCGAGCCGAGAAAGAAUUCGAAGUGGAAACGACGAUGACACGUUUGGUCGCUUGAAAAAUCAGUAUCAGCACUCACGCAGAAAACGACGAGCGAAACAUCGCAUUAACGAGCAAAAAUGAGCUUCUUCAGUUCCCUGCAGGAGUACGUGACGAACAGCGUGGCUAGUUUUAGCCUGAGUCCAAAAAGGUUCUCCUUCAGUCGCGAGGACUCGAAGGGCGAUGGCAGCGGGACCGGAAGAAGCAGCUCUACCGGAAGCGUUACCUCGACGACCAACACUAGCACGUCCGCUGCUCAGCAAGCUACGCCACAUGGCUUUCCCAAGGUUGUGCCACCGCCAGGAACCGUCACGUCGCACACGCGUUCUCUUUCAGCGCGUAGACGCACUCUCGAGUGCACUCCAGCCUCGGGAUUGACGGUACAUCCUGCGACAGGAAGCGGUGCGACGUCGCCGCGGCGCGUCGGCUCCUUUCGACGGAGCGGCGGAUCCAGCGAUCGACCGCCUCUUAUGUUCUGCCGUCGUAGACCAUCCUGGCCGGAGGUCGACAUACAGGCCACUUCCGGUGUUCAAGAAACAGAUGGAUCCUUUUUUGAAAGUUUCACCGCGUUAUCCUGGAAACAGGAGAAUCGGAGACUCGUUGUCCUUCAGGAAGUGGAAGCAAGAGCGAAGGAACCGCCACCGCCGUCCAGAGAUUCGAGUUUGACUUCGCAACCGUAUCGGCUUAGCAAAAAAGAGAUGGAGCAAUUGUACAUAGAAGUUCUUUACACGAUUGCAAACACUGUGGGCGCCAGUACAGGACAAUACGCGCACUACAAGGAGGAUUUGUAUCGAUAUGCCCAGGAAGCCUUCGGAGUCCCACAGGACCAGCAUCGACGAUAUCUCAAUAUUGCCUCGGAAGAAAAGCCACCCAUUGUUGUGCUAAGCGUGGUGGUGAUCGAAGCCGACGGACUCGAGGCAAAGGACGUCAAUGGUUUCAGCGAUCCUUACUGCAUGCUGGGAAUACAGCCCGGCAACGCAGGUGCACCAUUGAGUCCACAAACGAAUUUAACGGCGCAUUCGCCACAUACACCCCCAGCAUCCCCGAGGCAAGCAAUGCGCGCUCUUUCUGAUGGCGGCGAGAUCGAGAACUCCCAUCAUGAGAAACUUCGAAAGCAUCACAGUUUCAGGCUUUCAUUUAAGCGCAAGGAGCACAGCAGCAGGCGGGAACACCGCGAGUCCUUGAGCGGUGCUCUACCCGCGAAGUUUAUACGAGCUACCUCGGUGAAGCCGCAUACGUUGAGCCCGCGUUGGAACGAGAAGUUCCGUUUCGAUAUUGAUGACAUCAACACGGACAUUCUCCAUCUGGACAUAUGGGACCACGACGAUGAGUCCUCGGUGUUCGACGCGGUCAUCAAACUCAAUGAAGUACGAGGUGUGAAAGGGCUUGGGCGAUUUUUCAAACAAAUCGCGCAAAGUGCUAGAUCCGGAAGUCAGGAUGACUUUCUAGGUUGUGUAAACAUCCCUUUAGUGGAUAUUCCGAGUACUGGAGUAGAUCAAUGGUACAAACUUGAGGCGCGAACACAAAGGAGUAACAUCCAAGGUAGAAUCAGACUGAAAUUAUGGCUGUCGACGAGAGAGGACCGCGGAACAUCCGAGGAGGAUAAUUGGGGCGAGCUGAGGCAACAAGAAAGGCUGUACACAAUUUUCCUUAAUCAUGAAAUGAACAAACAAGGGGAAGACUUCACUGGGGAACUGCCGCAAACCGCGCUGACAAUCUUACAUCAACACGCGGUGCAAGGUGAUGUCACCGACUUGCAGCAGGCUUUGAUAAGGUGGGUGGCGAGUUCCCGACAGCCCGCCGUCGACCCACGUAUGCUUCAUCGUCUUCUGCAGGAACUUGACAAUCGAUGGCACACCGAAACGCUGUCACGCGACGCAGAGCAGUGUCUAGCGGAUUCCUUCAAUGAUUUCUUAGAAGUGUCUUUGAAAAAAGUUAGGCAACACCGAGUAUUGUAUCCACCUCUGUAUAGACCGACUAUAUCGAAAUUGGAUUAUCUGCUCAGAUGCCUGGGACUUCUUUCCAAUAUGAAGGCUUUCCGAACUUGCUGUCCCUUCAACAAGGAAAUUCGUGGCGAGAUCAUUACCGCUCUCCGAAAGGGAACUCUUGAGUGGUAUGAAGAUACCAGACAACAGACAAUGUGCUAUGAUCAGGAACCUGAUCAGGACAUCGAUCGAGUUUUGCAAGAUUUCACGAACUUAGUAACCGCAUUACUAGUCGAUCUAGAACAGGGACUUUUAUAUUACAAUAGUCUCUUUGAAAGUACGAAUGGUGUGCCAUAUUUCUCAGCAGUUUACAAGCAACUGGAAAAGCUGCUGGCGGAACACGUGGCGAAACACAUGGAGAACACUUCCGAGAUGCACAACGAGCUUGGUGCAAGGGUCACUACCGCCUGUCUGCAGCUGCAUGGUCAAAAUCGAGACGAUGAGUAUGUUCUACCACCCGGUGCUGAGAUAGGAACGCCGAUAUUCGAGCUUUACCUGGCACUCCAAGAUUUUGUAAACAUGAAAGAGAAUUUACCACAAUCCGAUCAUAAAACUCUGGCGAUCUGCAAGUAUUACGAGUGGUUUAGACCAGCUAUCGACAAAUGGCUGGAUCUGGCAAAACUCAAGGCAAUUCAAAGAGUACGAAGAGCCACGGAACUCGAUCGGAUCUGUACCGGGGAAUAUUUCGUUAAACAUUGCACAUCGGCAAUCGACGUCACUGCGUGCUUUUACCAGAUUAAAGAAUUCUGGAAGAAACUAGCGUGGCCGGAUCUAAUUGGAUCUUAUACCUUUGUGUUGAAAGUCAUUGAUGCAAUAUGCAGCUCCGCGGCUUACUACGCCGAGAUAACACAUCAGAAACUGGCGGAUAGCGGAUAUUAUGAAGAGCAUACACCAUAUAAGACCACAGAUGAGGUAAUCGCUCAGAUGUGCGUAGCUAUCAAUGGUCUCGAGUACGUGAGAAGAUGGUUAUUAAAUCUGGGCGAGGAACUGCGCGUGGAACAGAUUCUGACGGCUCUGGAGACUCAAGCGGGCGAAUCCGUUCGAAUGCAAUGGCGAAACACUAUGAUAACACCGCUGGAGCAGACCCCUGGGCAAAUGUUGCUCUUCAUAAAUCAAAUAGUUUCGAGAAUCGGAGCGAAGAUGAGACCACCUUUGAAAAAGGCGAUGUUUCACUUGGCUUGGUCCCCUGACAGUCUGCCGACUGCAGAAGCGAUCGCACCUCUCGUGGAAUACCUGGAUGUUCAUCUAGUAGCACUUAACUCGGCUCUGCUGACCGCAAAUUUCAAUCGCGUUUUGCAGGACAUUUGGGAGGUGGUCCUUAGUGAGUUAGGCAAUCAAAUGGAUGGAAAUGCCGAGGAUAAACCAGUGAUGUUUUACGAGAGAUUGCACGAAGCGCUUGACUUAUUAAUGAGAUUUUUCAACGCUGACGAUAAGGGCUUGCCGUUAGAAAUAUUACGUCGUCAAAGUUUCAUGAACGCGGAAGAGCGUCUGCAAUACCAUAAAAUGGACACGACUUUCUUGAUUGAUCGCUAUUACCAGCAACGUCUUCUGGACCAACUUAGCACAACUAGCUAUGAAUAUGGAGUUCUGACGGUACGAGCUUAUUGGAAUCAUGAUUCACUUUGCGUCGAAGUGAUAAAUGCCAGAGAUGUCAUACCAUUAGAUCCAAAUGGAUUCAGCGAUCCCUUCGUGAUAAUUGAAUUGUUGCCGCGACGAAUGUUCGAGCAUUGCGCCGAGCAGCAGACUAAUGUCAAGAAGAAAACUCUAAAUCCCAUGUUUGACGAGUGUUUUGAAUUUUCAGUGAAUGUGGAGCAGUGUCGUGAUCCUAACGCAAUGGUCCUUUUUACGGUAAUGGAUCAUGACGUUCUCACGUCGAAUGACUUCGCAGGCGAGGCUUUCCUAGGACUCAGUAGCAUUCCUGGCGUCGUUGACACAAACACCAGCAUAGACAAUUUCCACGGCCUCAAGCAUCAGGAACUACCGCUUAUGCACCAAAAAAAUCGGCAUCAUCCGAUCCUCCAAAUAUUAGAAACCCGCGUCGGCGACAAAAUGGCUCUUGACUUUGUGAAGAAGCAGAAACAACGAUUCGCCACGUAAGCGCAUCAAGUGCUGAAAAAGGAGAAGAAGAAAACCAUAUGGUGAUUGCAUCGCAAUCGCUAUCAAGACUUGUAUACUAAUCUUAAGAGUCAAUGAAGAAGAUCGAGGAUAAAAAAGGAAGAAGAGAAAGUCCAUCCCUGCGAUAUAUCGUCGAUUCUCACUUUCUCUCUCUCACGCACUCUCUACUUUUCUGCCUAUCUUUCUACCAGCCUUCAUCCCAAAGAUUCGUCAGAUCUAUUUCAGUGUAAAUCGUGUUGAAUAUAAUUGGUGUUGGGUCAAAAAAAAGAUUAAAAAAUAAAGAAAAAAAGAAAAGGCGCGGUGAAAGAGGCCCGAGAGAAAUAUAUCAGAACUAUUUUUGUGUCAAAGAAGAGAUGUGUUAGAGCAGAACGACGCAGCACGCAGGAAGCAGUAAAACACGUCGGUGUGACGUAGCUAAGGAUAAAUGUUUUAAAAGCCGUCAGGCUCGAAGCGACACCGGAGCGACCGUAAAAUUCUUUAUUCUACAUUUUUUAUACAGGGAUGUCCAGAUAUUUAAACGUCUCGCAAGCGCGCGCUUGCGAGAGUUUAAGGAUUUUCCUAGAAAAAAAAAACACGAGUGUUCACGUUUUCGGAUAAACUGAAAAGAGACACGAGACUUCCCAUCGCGGUCGCGCGAUCUGGUUUUCGACGUUUGUCAGGCAUCAAUUAUGAAUAGAUAUCGGGGUUUCCAUGAUAAGAAUAUAAAUAUGUACGAUGUAUGAUGACUUUCUUCAAAUCGAAUUAUUUUCACAGUUUCCAUAAAAGUGAAAGUCAUCGGGGUUGCUCGUGGAAACUUCUACCUCGAUUGUUCAGAAUUGAUUCGCGACAAAAUUGGGAGGAAAAUACAAGUCUACUCUUAAAUUCUUGUACCAUUUCUUACCAAAAUUAUAUAAAACGGUUAAGUUGUACAAAUUUCUCUUCCCUCCGGGCAACGCACAACGAAUAAUAAUAUUAGUGGCUAACUUAGAUAUUGAUUACACUAAUCAAUUGUUGAACAGAAAUAAAAUAUAUUUGUCAAUGAAUGUAUAAAAAUCAAAAGCACGUCGAGUAUAUUAAUAUUGUUCUCUUUAAAAAGAUUACUUUUAGCUACAUAUUUUUCAAUCAUGUUAAGCUCAAAUUAUUCUAAUGUAUUUCAAAUAAUUCGAAUAAGAUACUUUUCCUCCCCGAAGAGCAGCCGCGCCGCUUCAGCGUCGCUUCGACGACGCGAAUCAAGCCGAGAAGGUGGAUAUACAAUAUUUUUCUUACUCGUCAUUGGCUACAGCCUCUUUCUAUCUUUUCACCAUCUAAUCUACCUGAUGACUAAAUUGUCAACGCAGCUUUUUUCGCUGAACCGCUUAUGCGAUGAAAACAGAAACGCAUUCCACAGAACGUUCUACUCCGUAAUUUCUUCAGCAUCGGAAGAGAACUACAAAAUAUUUGAGAGAAUGUAUCAGAGAAACACGAAUUUCACUUUCGGACACAAAUGUUAUUGAAAAUUGAAUGUAUGUUUCGCUUGAAAAACGUUCUCUGUAUACAUCGCCUUCAAUCAUGCUAAAUUUUUCUAUUGAAUUUAUUUUGUUAGUACGCAACAUGCGAUUCUAUGUAGUCUUUCUAACUUUCCGAUGCGACGCUGACGAAUUCUUCGUAAGUAAUAUUAAAGAUAUGUUAAUAAUUGGAUAAAAAAUUGAACUAUUUAAAAGCGAAAUUAAUAUUAAUUUUAAGGUGCAAUUCUUUUUAACUUAUCUGAUGAGUCAAAUUUUGAUUUCAUUUCGAGAGCAGAUUGUGGUAAGAAUAACGCACUCAUUUCUUAUCACAUAUAUCAAGAAAAUUUAAUAAUAUUUGUUUGCAUUUCUAAUAAUUUACACAAAUAAUUUAAAAUACGUAAGCAAAUAAUACAUGUUAAUGUAAGAGCAGUCGCGUUUCAUGUUUUAUGUUAUACAUAUAAUUAUUGAUAUGAAACAAAAAUUUUGGAUGCAGACAAAUCAAACGUGCGAAAAACUGAAGGCGUGAGAAGGGACGACGGCAAAAGGGAAAGAUUAAGUCAAACGCACAUAUGUCAAUUUUUCUAAUGCACGUGUCACUUCGUUAUGUAAUUAUACAAAAAGAAGAUAAUUAUACGAACGAGCGUCCCGCGCAACACAUCUUAAUAUUUUGCACGCCUUGUACAAUAAAAAAGAGCCGGUAAAAGAGAAAGGAAAACGAUUAUAAAGAGCAAGAUCCGUCUGUUUGAUUCUCAAUAUAUUUCGUGCAUUGAGUCCAAUCAAACUCUACUAUUUGCUUUUCCAACUUUUUUCAACCACCCAAAAGGUAUGUACGAUCUAUCUUGUAUUGUGAGACAAAUAAAUUAAUAUAAAUGUUUGUUUGAGUGA